AUGGAUCUCGACCCACCACCGCCGAAAUACCAAACUUCAGACCCGACGAGUUUCGCGCACAAAUCCGCGCGGGAACGAUGGCCGGCCAUCAUCACGGGCGCCAUCGACGACGUCGCGAGGACAGUGUCGUCGCUGCUCGACGCCGACGACAAGGAUGCCAUCGAAGAAGGUAAACGGAUCGUCUCGAGCCUCGCGUCGCUCAAGUACGAGGUCCAGCACAACCGUGCGCUCGGCGAGAUCGACGACGACGGCCACGCGGACGUGAAGUUGUACAACGACGAAUUGGCCGCGAGGGACAAACUGGCUCGAGACGGGGUCAAGUGGCACGACGUCGAAUGGCUGUACAGCGAAUGUUACCUGUACCGACGCAUCGGCGCGUUCUUCGGCACGGCCAAGACGGCGGCGUGGAGAGGCUACGACCCGUUCGCGAGGCAGAAGAUGGACACGUUCCGGAGCAGCAGGAACGCCGUGCUCGAGCUGGCCGCGCGCUACAGGGAAAUCAUGACGCAGAUCAGAACCACCGAGGACCAGCACCGCCUGCUUCCGAAAAGCGGCAGUGGUAACGGUGACACCGGGGCGGACGACGAGGCCGAGAUCGAGGCGGAAAAGACGCUGUUUGUCGAAAUGGCCGAGAUUUGUCUCUGGGGCAACGCCACCGACCUGAGUCUGCUCACCUCCUUGACGUACGAGGAUAUUCAAAAGUUGCAAGGCAGCCAGGCGAGACGGGAGAGCGAGAAGAACGUCAUCGUCAAUGACUUGAGGAAGGCGUUUGAAGUCCUCAAGAAGAAGAGCGUCGAGCAGCAACAGCAACACCAACAAAGCAACAACAGCAGCACCAGUGGCACCGGCGGGAGACGCGUGGACAUCGUCCUUGACAAUGCCGGGUUCGAGUUGUUCGUCGAUCUCGUGUUGGCAGGCUACUUGAUAGCCGUUGGCCUGGCGACAGAGGUGGUCCUGCACCCCAAGAGUAUCCCAUGGUUCGUGAGUGACGUGGUCCCGGGCGAUUUUGCGGCGUUGUUGGAUGCAAUGAGGGAUCCAGUGAGCUUUUACGAGUCAAAAGACUCCGAAGGCGGCGGCGAGGCCUCGUCGACACCGACAUUGACACAAUCGCAAGAAAGUGACGUCAAGUUCUUGUUCGACGAUUGGAAGAACCUACACGAAGAAGGGAAAUUGAUCCUCCGACCGAACCGGUUCUGGACGCACGCGGGCAGUUUCUGGCGCAUGCCGACCAUCGCCCCCGAGGUCGUGGAAGAUUUGAAGGAGAGUGAACUGGUCGUGUUCAAGGGGGAUUUGAACUACAGAAAAUUGACUGGCGAUGCUGCCUGGCCGGCAACGACACCAUUCACGACCGCCAUCGGUCCUCUUGGUCCCGGGUCCGGAUUGAGAGUUUUGGCACUACGGACGUGCAAGGCUGACGUCGUGGUUGGAUUGCCAGAGGGCAAAGAUGAAGAACUUCGCGCCAUGGAAGGCGGCGGGGGAGAUUCGGGAGCGAGGAAGUGGGCUUGGAGUGGGAAAUGGGCCGUUGUGCAGUUUAGUGAUGGCAAGGCGUGA